AUGGCCUCGGAGCGCCCGGAGCCGGAGGUAGAAGAAGCUGGGCAGGUGUUCCUGUUGAUGAAAAAGGAUUAUCGAAUCUCCCGAAAUGUCCGCCUGGCUUGGUUCCUCAAUCACCUGCAUCAAACUGUGCAGGCCACACCCCAGGAGAUGCUGCUCCAGUCUGAGCAGGAGUUGGAAGUCCUCAGUGUCCUGCCCCCUGGGUGGCAGCCAGAUGAACCAGUGGUCUCAAGGCCAUUCCUCCUUGUACCUUCCACCCGGGUCACCUUCCUGGCUUGGCAGUAUCGAUUUGUCAUUGAGCUCGACCUGAGCCCGUCUACUGGCAUUGUGGAUGAUUCCACAGGAGAGAUCUUGUUUGAUGAAGUUUUCCAUGCCCUCUCCCGCUGCCUAGGCGGGCUGCUUCGACCCUUCCGCGUGCCCGGAUCUUGCAUCGACUUCCAGCCUGAGAUCUACAUCACCAUCCAGGCCUACUCCUCAAUCAUUGGCCUGCAGGCCCACCAGGUGCUGGUUCAGGGCUGCCUUUUGGACCCUUCCCAACGGGAGGCAUUCCUGCAGCAGGUAUACGAGCAGCUCUGUCUCUUUGAGGAUAAAGUGGCCACCAUGCUGCAGCAGCAGUAUGACCCCCAGAGUCAGGCAGAGGACCAGUCCCCAGACUCAGGGGAGCCCCCAGGCCGGAAGGUGGGAGUCUCCAUGGUGACAGCUGAUCUUGGGCUGGUCAGUAUGAUUCGUCAGGGCAUCUUGGCACUGCAGUUGCUCCCCUCAAACUCUAGUGCAGGUAUCAUUGUGAUCACAGAUGGGGUGACCAGUGUCCCUGAUGUUGCUGUCUGUGAGACAUUGCUGAACCAGCUCCGCAGUGGCACCGUGGCUUGUUCCUUUGUGCAGGUGGGAGGAGUUUACUCCUAUGACUGCAGUUUUGGCCAUGUGCCCAACGUGGAAUUGAUGAAGUUCAUCGCAAUGGCCACAUUUGGUUCUUACCUGUCCACUUGUCCUGAGCCGGAACCAGGCAGCCUGGGUCUGACUGUCUACCACCGGGCAUUUCUCCUCUACUCCUUCCUGCGCAGUGGAGAAGCCCUGAACCCCGAGUAUUACUGUGGCUCUCAGCACCGCCUGUUUAAUGAGCACCUGGUCUCCGCAAGCAGCAACCCUGCCCUGGCUCUACGUCGGAAGAAGCACACCGAGAAGGAGGUGCCUGCUGACUUGGUCAGCACAGUGUCUGUACGGCUUCGAGAGGGUUACAGUGUCCGAGAGGUCACACUGGCCAAAGGAGGGUCUCAGCUGGAGGUGAAGCUCGUGCUGUUGUGGAAACACAACAUGCGCAUCGAGUAUGUGGCUGUGGCGCCCUGGCCCCUGGAGCCUGAGGGCCCUCGAGGAACACGGGUGGAAGUGACAAUGGAAGGGGGCUAUGACAUUCUGCAUGACGUGUCCUGUGCACUAAGGCAACCCAUUCGCUCACUCUAUCGUACCCACGUUAUCCGACGGUUCUGGAACACGCUGCAGAGCAUUAACCAGACGGACCAGAUGCUAGCCCACCUUCAGUCUUUCUCUUCAGUCCCAGAACAUUUCACGCUUCCGGACAGCACUAAAAGCGGAGUGCCGCUCUUCUAUAUCCCGCCCGGCUCCGCCACCCCGGUGCUCUCCCUUCAGCACAGUGGGUCCGACUCCUCCCACGCCCAGUUUGCGGCCUACUGGAAGCCGGUGCUGUCCAUGGAUGCCAAUUCCUGGCAGCGCUGGCUGCACAUGCAUCGCCUGGUGCUCAUCCUGGAGCACGACACACCCAUCCCCAAGCACUUGCACACCCCCGGCAGCAACGGUCGCUACAGCACCGUGCAGUGCAGGAUCUCGCACUCCUCACUGACCUCUCUGCUUCGGGACUGGAGCAGCUUCGUGCUGGUCGAGGGCUACUCCUACGUGAAGCUGCUGUCCAGUGCCCCUGACCAGCCCCCCUCCUCCUUCUACAUGGUCCGCAUCAUUUCCAAGGCCCCGUGCAUGGUCCUUCGCCUGGGUUUUCCCAUCGGCACACCGGCCCAGGCCCGACACAAGAUUGUGUCAGGCUUACGGGAAGAGAUCUUGCGGCUGCGUUUCCCCCACCGGGUGCAAAGCAAGGAGCCAACACCCAAGGUCAAACGGAAAGGGCUGGGGGGCAUUGGUGGGGGCAGCUCUCCCUCCAAGUCCCCCCCGAUGCUGGGCCCGCAGCAGGCCCUGUCCGACCGGCCCUGCCUUGUGGUCCUGCAUAAGCCCCUGGACAAGCUACUCAUCAGGUAUGAGAAGCUGCCCCUGGACUACCGGGCACCCUUCUUACUGACACUGGAGCCACCAGGGCCACUGCCAUUGGUGUCAGGCCGCUCAGCCUCUUCUAGCCUGGCGUCGCUGUCCCGCUACCUCUACCAGCAGCGCUGGCUCUGGAGCGUCCCAUCGGGCCUGGCGCCCGCGCUGCCGCUCAGUGCCAUCGCACAGCUCCUGUCCAUCCUCACUGAAGUCCGACUCUCCGAAGGCUUCCACUUCGCCUGCAGUGGGGAAGGAAUCAUCAACAUGGUCCUGGAGCUUCCAAUUCAGAAUGAGCCCCUGGGGCAGGCUGCAGGCGAAGAGAAGCACACCUGCGUCGUCCAGUACAUUCUCUUCCCCCCACACUCUACCUCCACCAAAGACAGCUUCUCCACAGAUGACGACAACGAUGUGGAGGUGGAGGCCCUGGAAGGAGACUCGGAGCUCAACCUGGUCACCGAGGUGUGGGUGGAGCCUCAGUAUGGACGGGUGGGACCCGGCCCUGAGAGCUGGAAGCAUCUCCAGGACCUGACAUACUCCGAGAUCCCUCGAGCUCUCCACCCUCGGGAUGCUGCGUGCAUAGGCUCCAUGCUGAGCUUUGAAUACCUGAUACAGCUGUGCCAGAGCAAGGAAUGGAGUCCCCUGCUCCCAGAGCCAAGGGUCUCUGAUGGAUUGGACCAGGGAGGAGAUACCUGUGUCCACGAGAUCCCUUUCCAUUUUGACCUAAUGGGACUGUUGCCUCAGUGUCAACAGCUCCAGAUGUUCUUCCUUCUGCUUUCCAGAGGUCCAGAGGAGCCAGGGAUCCUAAAGGAUCGAGCAGUCAGCAGCACCCAAGCCACUGGAGACUCAGCGCCUCCUGCCCUGGGUGGAGGCCCUCUUGAGCCUCUCAAGCCUCUCAUCUCUGCCCAGCCCCCUCAGUGGCGCUGCUAUGCAAGGCUUCUGACUCCCCAGCAUGUGUUUCUGACUUUCCUCCCAGCUACCUUCUCAGAUGUCCAACAUCUGGCUGCCUAUGGCCUGGAGGGGCCCUCUCCAGAGGAGACAAAGCCUAAGUUCGGGGAUUGGAGUGGGGCCGCCAGCCUGAAAGAUCUGGGAGGACCUGGGGUGAGGGCUGCAAAGGCCCAGGUCCCCAUGCUCAGUGUCACCCCAGCCGGCGACACUGCCCAGAACCCAGGAGACCUAAGCCCGCCUUUCCGUCGGGAUUUACAAGCUUACGCUGGGCGUCAGGCUCCACAGACGGAGGGUGCAGAUGGUCCGCGGACCCGGUGUCCUGUUUAUAUCUAUAGCUGUGCCCUGGAAGCGCUGAGGGAGCAAAUGGUUGGCCUGCAACCCCCUCAGGCACCCCGAGACCUCAUCUUCCGGACUCAGUUCCUCGACCAACCCUCCCCAUCCUCAGCCUGGAUGGAGCCCAGGUUCAAGGAGGCAGCCAACCAUUGUGCCUUGCUGCAGGAGCAUGCACAGCGAUGCUACGUCCGUGGGCUGUUCCGGAGUUUGCAGCAAGCACAGAGCGUUUCCUCACAGGACUUGCUGAUAGCGGUCGAUGCCUGUGAGGAGCUACUACAAGAAGUAGACAUCACCCCUUUCCUGCUUGCACUGUGUGGCCAUACUCGGGGUUUGCCCCAGGCACCCCCAAGCCCUGGGCCUCUCAGCCCUGGGCCCUUCAGCAGCAGUAUCGAGGAGGGCCCUGAGCCUCAGGACCGAGCUGUCCUGGCUUCUGAGUCCAGCAUAGAGACCGAGGACCUCAGCGAGCCUGAGUUUCAGAACAGCCGUGUCCCUGGCAACCCAGACCCUAGCCUGGAGAUCUCUCUGACGGAUGUCUGCCAGCUCAGAGGAGAGGCACAUGAUGCCCUUCAUAGCCUCAUCCAGGAGAAGUUCCUGGAGAUCAGCGGUCUCCACUUCCGCACAGUGCCCUCCAAUCCACACUACUUCUUCUACUGCCCUCCAUCCAGCCGGCGAGAGGAUGAGGGCCCCCGGGACCCAGCAGACAGAAAAGUCAGUGACCUGGAGUUCUCAGAGGCUGAGCUCAUAGGAGAAGAAGGAGACAUGUCAGCCUGCUGUGUGGUCACCGAGAGUGACCCAGAGCUCGAGGUGGAAUACCGCGAGAGCCGUGAGCCAGACCUGGGGCCAGCGGGGCUCGACUCUGCCUCACUGUCAGAUGCAGACACCGUGAACCCCGAUGAAGACUCCUUCAGUAUCCUGGGGGGCGACUCACCGACGGGGCCCGAGAGCCUGGUGCGUGACCUGCCGCCUCUCUUCCUGCACCUCACGUGCUCUGUGCGGCUGCACGGACAACACAGCUCAGUACCCGUGUGCAGCCUGCCCACGUGCCUGGGCCAGGUGCUUUCCAGUCUGGAGGGCCCCCCCAUUGGAGGCCGAGUGCCCCUGAGGGACCUCAGUGUUACUCUGGACGUCUUUGUGCUGACCUUGCCUCUGGAAGUGGAGCUUCCCCCGACCUCGGACCCUCAGCACCACCGGUCCACAUCUGAAAGCAGUGCUUCAUUCCCACGAUCCCCAGGGCAGCCAUCAUCUUUAAGGUCGGAUGAUGGCCUGGGGCCCCCACUGCCACCCCCAGAAGAAGACAGGCACCCCGGACUAUCCAACUUGGCCACACCCCACAGACUGGCUAUUGAGACCACCAUGAGUGAGAUCCACUGGUUGCUGGAGGAUGAGAUGGUGGGGGCCCUCCGAAGAGGGGGCAUCCCCCAGAGCCCUGCGCUGCAGCGGGCAGCUGCCCACAUCCAUAGCUCUCCUGGACGCUCCACCUGCCUUCGCCAGACCCUGCCACUGAGUUUUGUGUUUGGGCCAGAACGUUCCCUCACACAAUUCAAGGAGGAGUUUCGCCGCCUGCGCCUCCCUGGCCAUGUUCUUCUUGAGGAUCCUGACAGUGGCUUCUUCUUUGUGGCAGUUGGCCAACAGCCAGGUGCGUCCCAGGGGGAGCCCCCUUCAGCAGCCUGGGCUUGGCACAGCCAUGAGGACAGGGCUGAAGGCAUCGAAGGGGAGGCCCUGACAGCCAGCCCCCAAGCCCCUGGCUCCCCAGAGGGUUCUGAGGGCACCACCCUCCUCAGCCUGCCACAGGGAGGGAGCCAGCCUGGGCCCAGCCGGGGGCUGAGCCUUAUGUCCAGUCAGGGCAGUGUGGACUCCGACCACCUGGGUUACGAUGGCGGCAGCAGUGGCUCAGACAGUGAGGGUCCCAAUGAGACCCUAGGGGAGAAGGCUCCCUUCACGUUGCGGACCCCGCCUGGGCCAGCACCUCCACAGCCUUCGCUCUCAGGCCUCCCCGGGCCCUGUGUGCCUGACUUCUGGCUCAUCAUUCGGGUGCUGCAGGAUCGUGUAGAGGUGUAUGCCCACGCACGGAGCCUGAUUCGGGAAGAUGGGGGGCCAGGCACCGAGUGUCGCCACCUGCAGCAGCUCCUGGUGAGGCGAGUUGGGGAGAUCUGCAGGGAGGUCAACCAGCGGCUGCUUCUGCAGGACCUCCAUGACAGUCACGUGUGUAACUCUCUUCUGGUGGCCGAGAGCGAAGAGGAUCUGUGGCGCAGCGAGACCCCCUUCCACUCCCGUCAGCGGGCACCGCUGCCCAGCGAUGAUUACGCUGCUGAUGAGAGCUGUGCACCCCGAGGGUACCUAGCCGCCACAAUGCAGUUUGUCCCUGGCCAUUUCUCCUGUGACGUUGUGUGGGGAACCGUGAUUCGAGUCCAUUCGCGCCUGAAAAUGGGGCCCAGCAUGGGGGUGUCUCGGGCCAUCCAGGCCCUGCGCUCCGUGCUCAAUGCCUUCUCUGUGGUGAACCGGAAGAAUAUGUUUGUCUAUCAGGAACGAGCAACGAAGGCUGUGUACUACCUGCGGCUCCUGGAGACCUCCUGCAGCGAGCGGCCAUGGGAAGGUGAUGCGCUGCCCCCCUCCCUAGCUCUGUCCCGAAGCCAGGAGCCCAUCUACUCUGAGGAAGCUUCGGGUCCUCGUUCUCCCCUGGACAUGGCUUCUGGCCGCAGUGCCGAUGCUGCUCGUCCUGUGGGCCAAGUGGACAGGCAUAUCCAGCUGCUGGUGCAUGGCGUAGGACAGGCAGGUCCUGAGAUCACCGACGAGCUGGUACGGGUCCUGCGUCGGCGCCUGGACGAGGCCACCCUGGAUGUCAUCACGGUCAUGCUUGUUCGGAACUGCAAGCUGACACCCGCUGAUGUGGAGUUCAUCCAGCCCCCCGGCAGUCUCCCCUCAGAAGUGCUGCAUCUGGCCCUCCCUGCCUCCUGCAGGCCCUGGCUUCCUGCCCUGGCCUGGUACCUGCGGCAGAACCUGCUCAUCUUCCUGCACUCUCCCAAGUACACAGACAGCAACAGCCGCAACCAUUUCCAGCACCCACUACCACCACAGGGCGGCCUCCCUGACUUGGACAUCUACUUGUAUAACAAGCCUGGUGGACAGGGCACUGGCGGCAAAGGAGUCGCCUGCAUCACGCUAGCCUUCGUGGAUGAAGGGGGGAGCCCCAUCUCACUGGCAUCAUGGCCCCCCUCCUCUCCGGGGCUCCUCGACCCACUGCAAGAGGAGGAAUUUGAGCAGCUGACCCAGGUCACUCGCUGUCCAGUCGUGCCGGACAGUUCUUCAGCUCACAGUGGGGCCCCAUGGCUUCGACUGGACGUGUGGGAGAAGGGGAACAUCAGUAUCGUGCAGCUGGAGGAGAAGCUACGGGGAGCAGCCCGCCAGGCCCUGGCCGAUGCCAUCAUGGAGCUGCGGCUGCUGCCAGCCUCGCUGUGUACAGAAAACGCAUCUCCAGGAAGUCUCCGGAGCGGGUCGUUGGAAACCAAGAGCCCUGCGGGCCGAGCUAGCACCUUUCCCCCUGGCCCUGGCCCUGGGGAGCCUGUGACUCCCCCCAGCAAAGCUGGCCGCCGUAGCUUCUGGGAUAUGCUGAGUAAAACAGAAUGUGGGGACUUGGGUUCCCCCAAAACAACUGAUGACAUUGUCCUGGAUCGGCCAGAAGACACCCGGGGCCGGAGGCGUCACAAAACUGAAAGUGUUCGGACUCCAGGUGGAACUGAGCGGGCACCAGGCCCAGAUUCUGGAGCCCAGAGACAAAGGCGCAGGACCACACAGCUAGAAGAGGGUGAGGUGGGGACCCUGCAGCCUGUGUUUGCUCAUGUGACUCAGCACUGGAUGGAGUUUAUGGUUCAGAUUGGUUGUGCCUCAGUGUCCAGGAGCUCCACCCACAUGGUGUCCCGAUUCCUCCUUCCAUCUGUCCUCUCUGAGUUCACCACUCUGGUCACCUCCAUGGCUGGAGACACCAGUGUCCGUGUCUUUGAGCAGCAUUUGGGUUCAGAACCAGAGAUCUUCAGUCCUUGCUCCCUUGGACAACUGGGCCCAACGCCACGCCCGGCAGUGGAGCGGCAUCUGCUGCUUCUGGGAAGGAACUUCUUGCAGUGGAGGAGACCAACCCAGCAGGCUGCCAAAGCCGUGCAGCGCUUUGAGCCGGGAGGCGACGGGAGCUCCGGGCGAAGUGCUCCCCGGCAGAGGUUCUUGCUGAUGGAGGUCGUGGACAAGAAGCUGCAGCUGCUGACCUACAACUGGGCUCCAGACUUGGGAGCGGCGUUGGGCCGAGCGCUGGUUCGCCUCGUGCAGUGGCAGAACUCGCGUGCCCACCUCAUCUUCUGCCUCCUCAGCCAGAAGCUUGGGCUCUUCCAUCAUUACGGCCAGUUGGACUUCCCGGUGCGGGAUGAAAAGGAGCCAAACCCAUUCCUCCUGCCAACCAUGGAAGCCGAGACCCUCAUCCGGAGUGCAAGCCCCCCCCUGAGCCGCGAACAGGGCCGGCUGAGUGCAUCCUCUCGGGGCGGGGGCCCCCUUCCCCUGGACACAUUCCCCUUCGAUGAGGCCCUGAGGGAUAUCACAGCUGCCCGCCCCAGCUCUUCACUCGGCCCUGUGCCCAGACCCCCUGAUCCUGUCACCUACCAUGGACAACAGUUCCUGGAGAUCAAGAUGGCAGAGCGCAGAGAACUGGAGCGCCAGAUGAAGAUGGAGAACCUGUUUGUGACCUGGCAGCAGCGUUCUGCCCCAGCCAGCAUGCCCAUCAGUGCUGCAGAGCUGGAGACCCUGAAGCAGUCAUCCCGCCUGGUGCAUUACUGUGCAACGGCCCUGCUCUUCGACCCAGCUGCCUGGCUGCAUGGGCCCCCCGAGACCUCUGGGCUCCCCGAGGGCCCGCGGCGCCAUCGCCCCGAGUCAGGGGCUGGGAGCCGGGAGGCCCCCGCAAGCUGCGAAUCCUCAGACGCGCCUCCGCCAGGAGCCCGGGAGGAGCCUUGGCUGAAGGAGCUGAGCUUGGCUUUCCUGCAGCAGUACGUGCAGUAUCUGCAGAGCAUGGGCUUUGUGCUCGUGCCGCUGCGGCCCCCCUCACCUGCCCGCAGCACCAGCCGGCUGCGGGCCAUGGCCAUCCUUGGAACAGAGGGUCGCGGCUCCUUCUCCUGCCCUAAAACCAAGACCGAUGGGAGCCCCAAGAGCACUGGCUCUCCGGUCACCACCUACCACCUGCAGCGGGCACUGCCCGGGGGCAUCAUCCUCAUGGAGCUGGCUUUUCAGGGCUGUUACUUCUGUGUCAAACAGUUUGCCCUAGAAUGUUCCCGGAUCCCCAUGGGGCAAGCUGUCAACUCUCAGCUGUCCAUGCUGUUCACGGAGGAAUGCGACAAGGUGCGGGACCUGAUGCAUGUACACUCGUUCAGCUACGACUUCCACCUGCGCCUCGUGCACCAGCACGUUCUGGGCGCCCACCUGGUGCUGCGGCACGGCUACCACCUGACCACCUUCCUGCGGCACUUCCUGGCCCACCACCCCGACGGGCCCCACUUCGGCCGCAAUCACAUUUACCAAGGGACACUGGAGCUCUCCACACCACUCAUCGCUGCCCACCAGCUGUAUAACUACGUAGCUGACCAUGCCAGCUCCUACCACAUGAAGCCAUUGCGGAUGGCUCGGCCAGGAGGCCCAGAACAUAACGAAUAUGCCUUGGUAUCGGCGUGGCACAGCUCCGGCUCCUACCUGGACUCUGAGGGGCUUCGUCACCAGGACGAUUUCGAUGUGUCUCUGCUGGUGUGUCACUGUGCUGCACCCUUCGAAGAGCAAGGAGAAGCCGAGCGGCACGUUCUGCGGCUGCAGUUCUUCGUGGUGCUCACCAGCCAACGAGAGCUCUUCCCCAGACUCACCGCGGACAUGCGCCGGUUCCGGAAGCCACCCAAACUACCCCCUGAGCCAGAAGCUACUGGGAGCUCAGCUGGUAGUCCGGGGGAGGCCUCGGGAUUUGGUCUGGCCCCUGGACCAGCUCCCCUGUUCCCCCCACUGGCCGCAGAGGUGGGGGUGGCACGGGCACGGCUGGCUCAGCUGGUCCGGCUGGCUGGAGGGCACUGCCGUCGGGACACCCUCUGGAAGCGCCUCUUCUUGCUGGAGCCUCCGGGGCCUGACCGGCUACGGCUAGGGGGGCGCCUGGCCCUGGCGGAGCUGGAGGAACUCCUGGAAGCAGUCCAUGCCAAAUCCAUUGGGGACAUUGACCCCCAGCUGGACUGCUUCCUGUCUAUGACAGUCUCCUGGUACCAGAGCCUGAUCAAGGUUCUCCUAAGCCGCUUUCCUCAGAGCUGUCGCCAUUUCCAGAGCCCAGACUUGGGAACUCAAUACCUGGUUGUGCUGAAUCAGAAGUUUACAGACUGUUUUGUGCUGGUGUUUCUGGAUUCCCACUUGGGAAAGACGUCUUUGACAGUGGUUUUCCGAGAGCCCUUCCCGGUACAGCCGCAGGACAGCGAGAGCCCCCCCGCCCAGCUGGUCUCCACCUACCACCACCUCGAGUCCGUCAUCAACACAGCUUGCUUCACCCUCUGGACCCGCCUCCUCUGAGGCCCAAACCAGUGAAUGUCACCGUUCCUCGAACCAUGGGGGCCUGGAAGAUUGCCCACUUGAAGCAGGACUGACCAGCCCUUCUGGGCCCGGACACUGAAGGACACCAAAACCUUUGUGACUAGAUCUCAGGGGUCUGCGGCCCCAGCCUCACAGUGGGAGCUGCCCUCCUGAGCACUUGCCACUGCUGACCGGCCCAGCGCUCCAGAGGGGCAGAGCAACUCCCUGAGGUGCGCAUCUCCUUUCAGGCCCCUGGGCCCUUCUAGAAAGGGACUACGCCUUCCUACUCACCUGGUGUAGUCCCAGGAGUUCACACCAGGUGGCAAGCACUCUCCCCGAGAGCUCCUCUGCCUGAACGCUGCCUCCAAGUCUCGGAUUGCCGUCAGCCACUCCACCCCCACGUUGAGCCCUCUGGUAUUAAUUUCCCACUUGAACAUCAUUGCUGGACGUUGCCGUUGAGAUAUGACACCUUGGUUCCAAUGUCAGCCCUGCCUCUGAAGCCUCUGUGACCACAGGCCAGUCCCUCAGCUCUCUGACCUGCGGUUUGUGGUGUGUAAAUGAAGGGGUGGACUCAAAAACCCCCGUGUGCACAGGAGAGUGGAGC